AUGUCAACAUCAGUAACUGAGUCAAGUUGGAGUAUUAAGAUCGUCAAUGAAAAUGAUCUAGUUGAUUUAUUACCUUUAAUGCAAGCUUAUUGUAAAUUUUAUAAUGAAACUGAACAAAUUCCUAUAAUCAAUGACGAUGCUCUUAUGUCUUUAUCUCGUGCACUUAUAGCUAAUCCAACUCAUGAAGGUAUUCAACUUAUUGUUCGUGAUUGUAAAGAACAAGCACCUGUUGGUUUUGCUACUAUAUUCUGGAGUUGGUCUACAUUACAAGGUGGCCGUAUUGCAAUUAUGAAUGAUCUUUAUGUUUAUGAACAAUAUCGUGGUCAAGGUGUUGCUGAUAUUCUUAUAAAGGAAUGUGCACGAUACGCACGUGAACAUGGUGCUGUAUGUCUAACAUGGGAAACUUCAAUAGAUAAUAAACGUGCUCAAGCUGUAUAUAAUAGAACACGGUGUUUACAAUUUUUAACAGUAUUUUUACUUGUGACUAUUUUUCUAUUUUCACCUAUCGUUACGUUUAUUACAUUUAUUCUUUUAUCAUGGUUUUGGUCUUUACCUAUGACUCUUACGAUAUUUUUUAUUUAUGGUUGUUGGGUCUAUUUUGAUCGUCACACAGAUUCACAAGGAGGUCGAUGGUCUAAUCGAAUUCGUCGAUUGUCUAUUUUUACACAAUUUGUAAAUUAUUUUCCUCUUAAAUUAAUUAAAAGUGAAGAUCUUGAUCCAAAUCGAAAUUAUAUAUUUGGUUUUCAUCCACAUGGAGCAUUUUCUCUAAGUGCAUUGGGUAAUUUUGGUACAGAUGUUACAUAUUUUUCAACUCUUUUUCCAAAUAUUCGAUCACAUUUAAUGCUUCUUCAUCUUCAAUUUCUAUUUCCAUUUACACGUGCAUGUUGUGUAUCAAAGGAUAGUUGUGAAUAUUUGUUAAGUGGAAAAUCUGGCCAAGGUCAUGCAUUAGUCAUCAUUAUCGGUGGUGCACGUGAGAUGUAUCUUACAAGAAAUGAUACUAUGAUAUUGUAUUUAAAGACUCGAAAAGGUUUUGUUAGACUAGCAUUGAAACAUGGUGCUUCAUUAGUACCUGUGAUUUCAUUUGGAGAAAAUGAACUUUAUCAACGACAUGCUUUUUUUAAUUUGAUUCCCAAUGGUAUAGCUUGGGGUCGAUUUCUUGUUGGACAUGUACCACUUCGACGUCCUGUAGUUACUGUUGUUGGUAAACCGAUUCAUGUUCAACAAAAGGUUAAUCCAACUUCUGAAGAUAUCGAUCAACUUCAUCAUCAAUAUAUUCAAUCUGUAGAAGAACUUUUCGAAGUGAACAAACAUAAAUAUAGAUUAGAACAUGUAAAACUCGAAAUUGUUUAG